CGCUCCUGCUUGCCGGUGGUGAUGUCAUCCUCUUUAGCAUCCGGGUCUCGGGCCGCCGUGUCGGGUUUGCUGGCUGGCUGGCGGAGGGCUGGGGGGUUCGUCGCUAUCAGCCGCUGGCCUGGAGUACCAGAUCCCAUAAAAACAUCUUUAGGGUUUCGUGACACGUCCAAGCGAUGCGACUCUGGCUCGUCCGUCGGGGGGCGUUUUUCUCUUUUACAGUCUGAUCGCACUGAAACGUGUUUUACUUUUUCUCCUCUUUCCCUUCCAGCUGUCGCUUCUUGGCUGUUUUUCUCCUCGGUACUUUUCUUUUCCACCGGGGCCGGUUUGUUAGUGUGUAUGUGUGCGGUUUUUCUUGUUUUCCUUUUUUUAAAAAUUCUAUACGAAGCAGACCUCAUUCUGGAUCUCGACUAGAGGGAGUUGAAAAUGGGGGCAUUUCUGGACAAGCCAAAGAUGGAGAAGCACAACGCUCAUGGGGAGGGUAACAGUCUCCGCUAUGGCCUGAGCAGCAUGCAGGGCUGGCGGGUGGAGAUGGAGGACGCCCACACGGCCGUCGUGGGACUGCCCAAUGGCCUGAACGCCUGGUCCUUCUUUGCGGUGUACGACGGGCACGCUGGAUCCCAGGUGGCGCGGUACUGCUGCGAGCACCUGCUGGAGCACAUCACCAGCAACCCGGACUUCCGCGGCGGCGGAGGCGGCGGCGGCGAGCCCUCGGUGGAGAGCGUCAAGAGCGGCAUUCGGACGGGCUUCCUGCAGAUCGACGAGCACAUGCGUGCCAUCUCGGAGAAGAAGCACGGCGCCGACCGUAGCGGCUCCACUGCCGUGGGCGUGCUGGUCUCGCCGCGGCACAUCUACUUCAUCAACUGCGGCGACUCCCGGGCCCUGCUCAGCCGCGCCGGCCGCGUACACUUCUUCACACAGGACCACAAGCCCAGCAACCCGCUGGAGAAGGAGCGCAUUCAGAACGCCGGCGGCUCUGUCAUGAUCCAGCGCGUCAACGGAUCGCUGGCCGUCUCGCGGGCCCUCGGCGACUUCGACUACAAGUGCGUCCACGGCAAGGGCCCCACGGAGCAGCUGGUGUCUCCGGAGCCCGAGGUGUACGAGAUCGAGAGGUCGACCGCCGACGAGUUCAUCAUCCUGGCCUGUGAUGGCAUCUGGGACGUCAUGGCCAACGAGGAGCUCUGCGACUUUGUCAGGUCCCGGCUGGAGGUCACGGAGGACCUGGAGAAGGUCUGCAACGAGAUCGUGGACACCUGUCUCUACAAGGGGAGCCGGGACAACAUGAGCGUGGUUCUGGUCUGCAUGCCUGGCGCGCCCAAGGUUUCCCCGGAGGCCGUGAAGAAGGAGGCCGAGCUGGAUAAGUACCUGGAGAGCAGAGUGGAAGAAAUCAUUAAGAAGCAGGGCGAAGACGCCCCUCCGGACUUAGUCCACGUGAUGCGCACAUUAGCUGCCGAGAGCAUCCCCCACCUUCCGCCAGGGGGAGAGUUGGCCAGCAAAAGGAGUAUCAUCGAGGCCAUAUACAACAGACUUAACCCAUACCGCUCCGACGAUACGUGACAACAUGAGUAGGGAUCCGGUCCUUCCUCAACUACUGUAUGUGUACGUCUCUCUUUAAUCUGCUCCAACGCUGAUUCCGAAAGACAUCCAGCUGAGGCCUGUAUCAUUUAACUGGAUCAAUGGAGUCCGAUUUCGAAGAUAAGUUCCAGUUUGACUUAACCAAACAAAUUAAAUCUGAGAAACGGUAUCAUGACACUGACUAUCAGCAAUUUAUAUCAAGCCGGGUUUCCUUACUAAAACCAAGAUUACUUCCUGAGCACAUGCACAUAACGGUGUACCAUGUGCAACAAUCAGCCAAUCACGUAAGCAUGGAUCGCAGCAGGGCUACGUAUUUCAAUGCAGCGGAACAGAGACUUAUUAUGAUAAUAUAUGAAGAAUUCUAAAGAACGAUAAUGGUGAAGAGCAACACUGCGGCAGCCGCCGGCGAUAGAGCGCCAUGUUGGCAGCGGACAGCGACAGCGAAAAUGCACACGUACAGUUUGAUUGUCGUUAAGAUAAUUGUCUUAAUUUCCAAACGUGUUUUAUGCUUUUCAUAAUUAUUCCAAGACUUUUUAUUCGCAUUCGUAAUACCGUUUUCAUUACUUAGUGUUAAAUAAACUUGUCACCUUUCAAGGCAGGCAGAGGGUUAUUUGCUUGGGAAGACAACAGAAGCGUUAACAUUUUAGCUGAGUGACGUCCAUGUUCAUUUAUAAUUACACCGUUCAAAAUGGAAGGGGUUCAAUAAAUGGACUAAUGACCAUAAAACUAAAUGAGAUAGACAUGUUCAGUACAGGUUAUAUCAACGGACUAUAGGGUACAAUUCACACUACUUUCUGCAUGUCUAUAUAUCUUCACUAAUAAUUGCACUGUGUCAAUCCACCACCUCUUACAAAGAAAACAGCUACUGAAUGUGAAAUGCACAUGCAAACAUUCAUAUAUUAAUUACGAUUCACCGGUAAAGUAAUCUGGAAAACCAAGGGCUGUGCAAGAGUGGCUAUCAGCUCACAAUGCCGAACCAAUAUCCCCUUCCAGUAGAGAUUGCCGCUUCUCAAAGAUAUUAAGAUUUAGCACAUAUAGCGAAAAGGCUCAAAAUGCAAAAAUGAUUAGUGUGCGUCUCUGCCUGUGGACAUCAAAGGUCUGUGAUUAAAAACUUCCUGGCUUGAUUGUUGAAAAAUAUGACAGCUGGAAGACUGAAUAACAAGUAUAAAGUUAACUGUACCACAGACACUGGAUUUUCAUGGACGUGCCAGUUUGGGAAAGGCAGUUUGUUAUGUCGGGUAAUAUACCGACCUCUUCCCUUUUAUUGGCCCAAGAGCUGUUUGAGAUCUGUGAUCCUGAAAGCUAACCUGCUCCGGAGCAGGUCUGGUGUGUAGCAUUCAGUUACCGUAGUGAUGUGUCCCACGAAGAGAACCAGCGUGGUGAUAUCGACAAGCCAGAGUUAUCGACAAGCCGCUACUUAUCCUCAAAAUUAUCCACCUAAGCAAGGAAUCUGAUCUCGUGAUACUGGCCCCUGGUCGUGAGCAGACCUGAUAGUGUAUCAGGUUACUAAACGCUUGUUUAGAGGUAGCUAAUGAAAAGAAUGGGUGAACAAAAUAGGUCAGUUCACUUACUCAGUCACCAUUACCUUCAUUAUUUACUACCCACAUUAUAAUGUCCUCUGAGUAACUCGAGUGUUAUUUGUGCCACUGCUGUUCAUGCUCAGUGCUGCCCCCUGCAGGCAUAAUUUAUAAUAUUAAAAGUUCCAUCACCACAUACAUUCAGUAUGAGCUGAGGUCGGCCGGCACAGCAUUUUCUGUGGGGAAUCCAUCAUCUGUAUCACUCGGCAUUCUUGCCUAAAUGUGGAUGGGGGGGUGUGGUCAGGCAGGGAAGCCUGUCAGUCAUGCGCUUUCUCACUGCCUUCCAGUCAGGGGUGCCCGGACGCGCCCGUCCAAGCGAAGCCUCCCGACUCUGAAAGGACCUUCCUGCUUUCUUUCCGAAGGACUCGGCUGCCGACAUGGUAGCAUAGCCUGCGCCAGCACAGCAUUCGCAAAACGGCCACAGAGACCAUGGCGCGACACUCCCCCACCCCGUAGCGGUUUUGUCUGAAGGGGGGGGGGUGGCAUAAGGGGGAAAGAGAUGUACACAGGUUCGCUGCUCAGCAGGCCAUGCUCAGUCUCGCCACUUUAAAACGUUCGACAAAUAAAAAUAAAAAAUCCCACAUUUACCCAUU